CCUCCGGAUUACAGCGUUCUUGAAUGAAAUAUGAUAAAGAUCUCUUUUAGAUAAUCUUAAAAAUCCUCGCAAAUAAAAAUUGAAAUUAGAGUAUUGGGAAAAACCCCAAAUUAAAGCAGUUCAUGUUACAGCAAUAUAUUCCAAAAUCAACCAAUAAGCGGCCUUUCCUUCCCACCGGAAGUCAUUGGAAGUUUUGAAAUAUAUUAAAAUUUUCGACAAAUUAAUAUUUGAAUGGCAAAACUAGAACUAGCAUUUCAUCUUAGGACUUUUUAGCUCGUUUCAAAAGGACAGAGAUGUAGUUAAACGGGUGCCAGCCGCAAAAAAGAAAAGUGUAAUCGUGUUGAUCUUGUUUAUAGCAAAACUGUCAAGUGUAAUGAUGGAAGAGAGAGCACGUGAGGUGCCUGGAUCAGUCGGAUGGAUGGGAAUAAGUGACAAGACUUUGGAGUUUGCUUAUAAUCCGCAGGAGUUUAUAAAAAACAAGAUCAAACAAUACCGGUCACCUGUUUUUAAAGCAAGAAUGUUAAAUAAACCAACUGUAUUCUUGACAACGAGCAAGGCUGUUCAACAAUUAUUAGAAGAUUCAGAGCAAUGUUUUGAAAUGGGUUACAAAGAUUUGGGUUACAUGCAUUCGUUAUUCGGAGAUCUUGUAAUUUUCAUGAAUGAUGAUGGAAAUGUUUCACGACUACGUGGUAUCUUUCAUUCCCUGUUCACACCACAAACAAUGAACACUAUUACAGAUACUGUCAGCAGCGCAUGUGAUUAUCUUUUCUCGCUGUGGGAAACAGAUCAACCAGUCGCAGUGUAUGACCAAUUCAAACAUUUUACCACGGAACUUUGUCUCAACUUGUUUCUCGGUGUGAAUGGUCGAACAUGCGAGGAUGAAAUGGAGAUGGUCAGAGCCCUCACCAGAACACAUUGGCAUGGUCUUAUAUCCAUUCCCAUCAGUUUAAAGAUUGGUAAUUAUUUCACGUCAUCUUAUGGUCGAGCUAUUGCGGCAAAGAACAGUUUGCUCACUCUAAUAAAGGAACGCUUGCCUCACAAUGAAAAUACAUUGUUGGAUGUGAUGAAAGGCGCUGAGUUUCAAGACGUCGAUGAGCUAAGUCGACAUGUGUUACUGUUUGUGUCGGCGUUGAUCCCUAAAGCUUUAUCAUCCUUGCUCACAUCGUGUUGUUUGGAACUCGCUAAACCAUGCAAUGUGAAACGUCGUGAGCGCGCUGUUACAGACGAUGACUAUCUCAAAGAUGUCUUACUCGAAACAAAACGUCUUUGGCCACCAUUUCUGGGAGGAAGACGCAUUGCGAAGAAGAGAGUCAUUAUUGACGGGUAUGAAAUUCAAAAGGGCUGUUCUGUUGCUUACCUAAUGAGGAACGCGAAUACGGAUCCAAGUGUAUUUCCUGAACCCGAAAAGUUUCACCCUGAACGUUGGCAAAGCACUGACGCACCUUCGAGAUCACGUGUCUUCACGUUCGGUCAAGGACGUCGCAGUUGCAUUGGCGAACACUGUAUCGGACGGAUAUUACAUGUUAUUACGAAGCGAUUAUUAAUGGAAUACACGUGGGAAGUGGAACCUAAUGAAGACUUAACUUAUAAAUGGCUGCCCGUUUCGAGACCGAAAAACAACGUAAAAGUGAAGUUUACGAAGAGAGAACGUAUCGACUAGAAUUUGGUAAGAACAUGACAUUGUGGAAAGAGGUUAGGAUUGGGCACAAAAAGUAGUACAAAUACGUGGUGGGUGCAUUCUGUGAUUGCUUCAAUAUUCGAAAGCAGUUUAAAGUUAGCGGGCUGUGAUAUGAUUUGCCAAAUCCAGGAUCCGCGACUGGUUUCUUUUAUGAUCGUUAAUUUGAGCUAUAUUUAAUUUAAAGUGUAGAAGAUGGCUUCCCCUGGUGCAUCAUUUAUUUUUCAUUUAAACAAUUUCGAUAAUUCUAAAAUACUGUCGCCCUCGCUCGAUGACGGAGGGCUCAAAUCAAUAUUUACAUUAAUUUAAAAACAAUUAUUUAAAUUUAAAUACCUACGCGAGCUUUCGGAUGUAAACAUUAUAUGGAAAAAAACACCGUCAAAAUGUUUACUUAAAA